UGUCCGCCGGGAGAAAGAAGGGGUAAAAAAAAAGAAAAGCCAGGCAGGGAUUAUGUGUCAGCUCCGAGGGAGCUGUUUGAACAGUGGGACGGAGAGGGAGCUAGAGACUCUUCUCCUGCUCCAGCUGCCAUCCUACUCCUGCUCCUCCCCCUCCUCCUCCUCCUCCUCUCCACCAGAACCACUUCUCUUUCUCAUCACAUCCAGAGCACUUUGGCGAUGUGACAUAUAGGACGAUUGGUGAUAUUGACCAACCUGUACAUUGACACGACCUCUUGACCUCAUCUUCAGCAUGAAUGGUGACAUGCCUCAUGUUCCCAUCACUACUCUUGCUGGAAUUGCUAGCCUAACAGACUUGUUGAACCAGCUUCCUUUGCCUUCUCCCCUACCUGCCACCACUGCUAAGAGCCUCCUCUACAAUGGAAGGAUCUCAGAAGAGGUCAGCAGCCUGCUGGUGUGUCGAGACGAGAGUCUAGUGACUCAGCUGGCGCAUAGCCUUAACCAGGUUUCCACCGAACACAUAGAGUUGAAGGACAACUUGGGCAACGAUGAACCCGAGGGCGACAUGCCAAUGCUCCUACAAACUUUGCUGUCCAGGAAUCCCAAAAUCUUCAGGGACAAAAGUAUGCAAACCCAGCACAAGGUUCUGGGUGGUGUAAUGCCGCAGCCAAUAGUGCAGCAGUAUAAGAUUACUCAGAAUCAGGUCCAUGGGAGUCCAGCCUCAAACUAUCAGCAAACCACUGUCCCUCAGAGCCCCUCUGGAUGCUUUACAUCACCGCAGUCUGGUUCAGGGCCACGCUUUGUACCCCAGCAGAACAGCCCUAUACCUAGUCCCUACACCCCCCAGAGUCCCGCGGACUACAUGCAGUACAAUCCACCCAGUUAUUCCCAACACCAACACGCUCAGCAAGUUACGAGUGGCUUGAGAAAUAUCCAUGACAGCAAAGUCUCUGGACAUCUAUCAACUGAUUUAUCGAAUCACAAUGCGAGACUGGGCUCAGAUGAAGACUACAUGAACGUGGCUCACAGACUGGGAAAUGAGGAGCAUAAUUCUCCAAUGAAGGCUGCUGCAUUUUCAGUGAGAUCACCACAGUCGGCAUGUUCUCCAGCUGGGAGUGAAGAGACUGUACAAAGGUCUAGGCCUUCCCUCAUAAUGCAGUCGCCUCCAGCUGAUGUGCCACGAGGUGCACCGCCUGACCAAAUCCUCACCUCGUCUGAUCGCAAGAAGAAACAUAAGGAGAGGAGUAAAGAAGAAAGUGAUCCGAUGGAAAAAAAUGCCUUGUACGAUAUAGUUAGUUCACCAAAAGACUCGACCAAGCUGACCUUAAAACUGUCCAGAGUAAAGGUUCAAGACGUGGAUCAAUCUGAGGAGCUUCCCCCUGAGGCACAUAUGGAAUUGGAACAUGAAACGGUUAUGAUCAAUAAUAAUAAUAAUAAUCAGUUAUCAAAACCUGCCCAGGAUGUUCCAAACAAGUUAGGAGCUGACGAUCAAGCAAACUGUCAACAGGCUGCUGUGCGGUCAAAUGCCAUUGAAACUGGAGUCACUGGCAGAGUUUCCUUUGAUGAUACAGAGAUAGACACACUUGCAGAGAUUGAGAGGAUAGAACGCGAGUCAGCCAGUGACCGAGAACGAUGGUCUAAAGAAGUUCAGGACAAAGACAAGCCGCUGAAGAAACGAAAACAAGACUCGUAUCCCCAGGAACCUGGGACCGAGUCAAAUGAUGGGGCUGCCAUUCAUGGGUGCAACAGUGUCAACAAGAUGACACCCAAGAAGACGAAUGCUGCAAGUAAUGGUGCCAGUCGGCCUGCUUUGAUGGUCAGUAUCGAUCUACAGCAAGCUGGCAGAGUAAUAGGACAGCCUGUAGUGGUCUUGGAAUCACAGCCGCUGUGUGAGGAUCACCUACGUCGCCUGAAGUCAAACCCCGAUGGAAAGGUCAAAAGGGUUGGCGAUGACAGACCUGGGAUCAUCAAGCAGCAUGCUGACACUCUCCAGAAGUCUGGCUCAGAUGGACAACCGGAAAUGUAUAAACAGAAGCAGGAAAGCCGGCGUGAAUCAAAACACAGACAUGACGACAAAAGUGACAGCAGCAAGGGACCGUCAGAUGACAGAAGGCCAGACCCACGGCAGAAACAUGACAAGCAUUCAAAGUCACGCCACAAAGAGGAAAAGAAUCACAACAGCCACCGAAUGCUUGAAAACCGACCCGAGACCCCAAAAAACACGAGCAAGACAGAGCGCUCCAGACAUGGAGAAGACAAAGGCAGGGAUAGAGACAGAGAUAAGGACAGAGAAAGACACAAGGAUAGAGACAGAGCAAGAGACAGGGACAAAGAGAGAAACAUAGAAAAAGAGAAGGAGAGAGACAGGGACAAAGAGAGACACACAGAAAAAGAGAAGGAGAGAGACAGGGACAAAGAGAAAGAGAGAGACAGGGACAGAGACAAAGAGAGACACAUAGAAAAAGAGAAAGAGAGAGACAGGGACAAAGAAAAACACAUAGAAAAAGAGAGAGACAGGGACAAAGACAGACACAUAGAAAAAGAGAAAGAGAGAGACAAAGCCAAGGACAGGGACAGGAAACAGAAGAUGUUAAGAGAAAACUGCAGUCGAAACUUAGCUGACCUGCAUACUAAACCUGACAGCACCAGACUAAAGCACGAUGGAAGCAAAAAAUCAGCUGACCCCAAUAGUCGACAGAAGACAGGCAAUUCCAGCCUUAAAAAUCCCCAAAAUAAGGACCAAAAGAUAAGUGAGGAUGGCAACAUUAAGUGCCAAGCAGGAGACAAACGUCAGUCCUUUGAGGCCAAACCGAGCGAAUUCCCUUCAUACCUUCUGGGUGGCAAGUCAGGGACCCUGAAGAACUUUGUGAUUCCUAAAUUGAAACGAGAUGGAAAAGAUAAAGAUCCCCCAAAUAAAUUGGUCGAAGUCUGGAGCGAACCGCGAGUAAGGCUGGAGAGAGUCUCAUUGGUAGAUAACUUAAACAAAGGCGCUAAACCCGUUGUCGUGGUUCAAAAACUCAGCGUUGACGAGGUGAAAAAGAUCAUUAAGGAAAGCAGGAACGCACACGGCUCCAGAUCCAGGAACUGGUCAUUUUGUGAGAGGACAAACAAGCGAAGCCACAGUAUGAUUAGCAAGAGAUCCAAAUAUGCUGAGUUGGCCUCGGAUGAUGACCAAGACAAGGAUGACGAUGAAGACUCUGACAAUGAGCAUGCAAGGAAAAAGAAAAAGAAAGACCACGAUAAGACAUGGAAGCAUGAAGAGAGAAGAGGUUCUGGAGAACACCGUCGAAGUGGAGGUUUUCAUAACGCUCGCCGAGGGUCUGGUAGCCGUCAGCGCGACUGGAGAGAUGAAGAUUCAGAUGAAGGCUCUCCCCCACCGAGCCUGAGUGAUGUUGCCAGAAAGCAGAAGAAAAAGGAAAAACAGAAAAACAGGAAGAUUUAUGAUUCCAAGUUGACACCAGAGGAGAUGAUGGACUCCUCCACAUUUAAGAGAUUUGCAUCAAAUAUUGACAGCGUUCUUGAGAAUCUCGAAGACGUGGACCUCACUGCCGCAGAUGAUGACGAAAUACCUCAAGAGCUCUUACUCGGAAAGCAGCAGCUGAGUGAGCUGGGCAGCGAUUCUGCUAAGAUUAAAGCUAUGGGCAUCUCUAACAAGUUUUCAUCUAGUAAACUGGUGAAGUUUUUGAAUAUUUUGGAGAAGAACAUUCAGGACAGCGUCAAACUUUCUACCCUAAUGAACCAUGAUAGUGAUUCCAUGGAUGAGGAGCGGUUGUGGCGCGACCUCAUCAUGGAGCGGGUGACCAAGUCGGCCGAUGCUUGUUUGACUGCACUCAACAUAAUGACAUCUCCGCACAUGCCAAAGGCUGUUUAUAUAGAAGAUGUGAUUGAGAGGGUGCUGCAGUACACCAAGUUCCAUCUGCAAAACUCUUUGUACCCUCAGUAUGACCCCGUCUACAGAGUGGAUCCACACGGAGGUGGCAUGCAUUCUUCAAAGUCCAAGAGAGCCAAAUGUUCUACCCACAAACAGAAGGUGGUAGUCCUGCUCUACAACAAAGUGUGCGAUAUCAUCAGCAGCAUCUCUGAGCUCCUUGAAAUCCAGCUGCUUACUGACACCACAAUUCUGCAGGUCUCCACCCUUGGCAUUACACCAUUUUUUGUGGAGAAUGUUAGUAAACUGCAGUUAUGUGCCAUCACACUAGUGACUGCGGUGUUUUCUCAUUACAAGAAGCACAGGCAGCUCAUUCUUGAAGAGAUUUUCACCUCCCUGGCCAGACUGCCGACUAGUAAACGCAGCCUGAGGAAUUUCAGGCUGAACAGCAGUGACUCAGAUGGAGAACCUUUGUAUAUCCAGAUGGUCACAGCCCUUGUUCUUCAGCUGAUCCAGUGUGUGGUCCACCUUCCCUCUGAGAAAGAGACAGACGAUGAGCACAAUAAGAAGGUGGAUAAAGAUGUCCUUAUUACAAACUCUUAUGAAACUGCCAUGAGGACAGCUCAGAACUUCUUAUCUGUGUUCCUCAAGAAGUGUGGCAGUAAACAGGGAGAGGAGGAUUACAGGCCGCUGUUUGAGAACUUUGUUCAUGACCUGCUGUCUACAGUUAACAAGCCUGAGUGGCCUGCUGCUGAGCUGCUCCUCAGUUUACUGGGCCGGUUGCUGGUGCACCAGUUCAGUAACAAGCAGACAGAAAUGGCACUCAGGGUGGCAUCGCUGGACUACCUCGGCACUGUCGCUUCCCGUCUGCGUAAAGAUGCUGUCACUAGCAAGAUGGACCAAAAGGCUAUUGACCGCAUCCUCAGAGAGACUGAAGGCAGCGACGAGAUACCAAAACUACAGAAGGCUUUGCUCGGCUACCUAGAUGAGAACAUUGAGACCGAUCCGGCAUUGGUGUUUGCUAGGAAGUUUUAUAUUGCCCAGUGGUUCAGGGACAUUACAAGCGAGGCAGAAAAAGCAAUGAAGUCUCAAAGUGAGGACGACGAGGACUUGAAAGGUCACCAUCAUUCCAGGGAUGUUGACUUGACCGCCGAGAUCAUGCAGAAGGCGGAGGGGAGGAAGAAAUUCCUCCGCAAGGCCGUCAAGACGUCAACAUCACAUUUCAGUUCCCUGAGGAUGAACUCUGACACAAUAGACUACAACGACUCCUGUCUGAUUGUUAGAUAUCUGGCCUCCAUGAGGCCGUUUGCACAAAGCUUUGAUAUUUAUUUAUCACAGAUCCUGAGAGUGCUGGGAGAGAGCGCUAUUGCAGUCAGAACUAAAGCUAUGAAGUGUCUCUCUGAAGUAGUGGCUGUAGAUCCAAGUAUCCUGGCACGGCUGGACAUGCAGCGUGGGGUUCAUUGUCGCCUCAUGGACAACUCCACCAGUGUGCGAGAGGCUGCUGUGGAGCUACUCGGCCGUUUUGUGCUAAGUCGACCUGAGCUCAUUGAGCAGUACUAUGACAUGCUCAUUGAAAGGAUACUGGACACAGGCAUCAGUGUGAGAAAAAGAGUCAUUAAGAUCAUGAGGGAUAUUUGUCUAGAGCAGCCAGACUUUCACAAGAUCACCGAGAUGUGCGUGAAAAUGAUCCGGAGGGUCAACGAUGAAGAAGGGAUCAAGAAACUGGUGAAUGAGACAUUCCAGAAACUCUGGUUCUCCCCGACUCCCAGUCACGACAAAGAAGCCAUGACCAGAAAGAUCCUGAACAUCACAGACGUGGUGUUGGCAUGUAAAGACUCAGGCUACGACUGGUUUGAGCAGCUUCUCCAAAAUCUGCUGAAAUCAGAGGAGAACGCUUCGUACAAACCUGCAGGGAAGGCUUGUGUUCAGCUAGUGGACAAUCUAGUGGAACAUAUACUAAAAUAUGAGGAGUCUCUUGCGGAUUGUGAGGACAAAGGGGUCAGCUCAGGUCGUCUGGUAGCGUGCAUCACCACUCUCUACCUGUUUAGUAAAAUCAGGGCAGAGUUAAUGGUUAAGCAUGCCAUGACUAUGCAGCCCUACCUGACCACCAAGUGCAAUAGUCAGAACGACUUCAUGGUGAUAUGCAACGUGGCUAAGAUCCUGGAGCUGGUCGUGCCUCUGAUGGAACACCCGAGUGCGACUUUCCUCACUACCAUCGAAGAAGACCUAAUGAAGCUUAUCAUCAAAUACGGCAUGACGGUUGUGCAACACUGUGUGAGCUGUCUUGGUGCUAUUGUGAACAAGGUCACACACAACUACAAGUUUGUUUGGGCUUGUUUUAAUCGGUACUAUGGAGCGUUAGCAAAACUCAAGACACAGCACCAAGAGGAUCCCACCAGCUCCACCCUGGCUGCUAACAAACCCACUCUUCUGCGCUCGCUCUUCACUGUGGGGGCUCUGUGUCGACACUUUGAUUUCGAUCAAGAAGAGUUCAAAGGUGCUAACAAGAUUGUCAUCAAGGACAAAGUGUUGGAGCUUCUGCUGUAUUUCACUACUCACGAAGAGGAGGAGGUCCAGAUCAAGGCAAUCAUAGGUUUAGGGUUUCAGUUCAUCAUGCACCCAGAGCUCAUGUUUGUGCAGGAGGUGAAGGUUCUUUAUAACAGCAUCCUGUCGGACGAGAACAGUUCAGUCAAUUUGAAGAUCCAGGUCCUCAAAAACCUGCAGACAUACCUGCAGGAGGAGGACUCUCGAAUGCAGGAGGCUGACCGUGAAUGGAAGAAUAAAGCCAAGCAAGAGGAUCUCAAGGAAAUGGGGGACAUCUCAUCGGGCAUGAGCAGCUCCAUAAUGCAGAUUUAUUUGAAGCAGGUUCUGGAGUCCUUCUUCCACUCGCAAUCCACAGUUCGGCACUUUGCCUUGAGCGUCAUCACCCUGACUCUCAGCCAGGGCCUCAUUCACCCUGUACAGUGUGUGCCCUACUUGAUCGCUAUGGGAACAGACCCGGAGCCAACAAUGAAGAACAAGGCCGAUCAGCAGCUGGUGGAGAUCGACAAAAAAUACUCAGGCUUUAUUCAUAUGAAGGCUGUGGCAGGGCUGAAGAUGUCUUAUCAGGUGCAACAGGCCAUUAAUGGAUCCAAACACGCUGUCAUUCGCGGUUUCCGUCACGACGACUCCGACUCGGCUCUCUGCUCUCAUCUCUACACCAUGGUCCGUGGGAACCGCCAACAUAGACGGGCUUUUCUAAUUUCCCUGCUCAACCUGUUUGACGACAGCUCUAAAACAGAGGUGAACAUGCUGCUGUUCAUAGCAGAUAACUUGGCCUGCUUCCCUUAUCAGACCCAGGAGGAGCCUCUUUUCAUCAUGCAUCAUAUAGACAUUACCCUGUCUGUCUCUGGUAGCAACUUGCUCCAGUCAUUUAAGGAGUGUUUACGGAAAGAGCCUAUAAGGCAUGAAAAGAAGAUGAAGAUGAAUAAGAAAAAGAAAAAGAAGAAGCAUUCUCGGAGGAGGAACUACAGCUCUGAUGACGACGACGAUGAUGAAAAGGAUGAUGAGGAGAGCAGCAGCACAUCCAGCAGCAGUGACGAGGAGGAAGAUGUAGUGCAGAGGCGAAAGGGUUCCGAUUCCGACUCUGACCUGGAAAAUGAGGACGCAGUGAUGGACCGUCUGCCUGAAAACACCAAACCUCUGCUGGAGUUUGCCAGUGCAUCACAGGGCAUUCUGUUGCUGCUGGUGCUCAAACAGCAUUUGAAGAAUCUGUACGGCUUCUCGGACAGCAAAAUCCAGAAGUAUUCACCGACAGAGUCUGCCAAAGUAUAUGACAAGGCAGUGAACAGGAAAUCUAAGGUGCACUUCAACCCUAGUCAGACACUGGACUACCUAAGGAGUGAUCUGGCCAACACAGAUCUCAGCUAUGAGGCCAAGAAGAACAUUGCAAAACAGUAUUUGGAUUUCAAGGUUCUAAUGGAUCAUUUGGAUCGGGAUGAAGAGGAGGAGGACGGUGAAGCAAAUGCCAAUGCCAGAAACAAAGCCAUUACUUCGCUGCUGAGGGGUCCAAAACCCCGAAAUCACAACCACAGUAAUCAUGCAGCUCCAGUGGAGACAGAUGAUGAGGAGAGCGAGGAUGAAGAUCCCCCUGCUCGAAAGCCAAGGAAAGGUGGAGACUGUGCAGAGGAUUCAGGUAACAUGAACGAGACAGUAGAGGUAAUGGACAUCGUAGCCAUCUACUGUCCCAAAUACAAAGACAGGCCGCAGAUUGCCAGGGUCGUCCAGAAGACCAGAAAUGGCUACAGUAUACACUGGAUGACUGGAUCUUACUCUGGACCCUGGGCUGUCGCAAAGAAACGGGACGGCCGCAAAAAGGUGCCUUGGGUCGACAAUAUCAAGGAGUCGGACAUUAUUUGCAAGAAAAUCUCUUUGACAAGCGGACAGAAGCUCACGAACAAAGUGGCACAGACAUUACGGGCGCUGUACGCUGCCAAGGAGGGGACUAAGAGUUAAUCAAAGAGAUUAGUGAAACAUCUCGCACAGCUCAACACUAUGGAUUCAAUAUGUUACGUACACAGAAGUUAGAUUAACGUCCUGGUGGUGGAAGAGUGUUGUAAACAUGUCUGUUUAAAUACAGACAUGUUCAAAGGCAAGGAAAAGACAAGAAGGAAAUGUUUAGGAAAACAUUGUGUGGGAGUUCCUUCGCUGUUGUGCAGCAACUUGGUUGUUUGAUUUUUACUCCCACUGUAUUAUAGAUGAACUAAAAAAAAUGUGUUUAUAUCUGAACAUAAUUCUGUAAAAAAAACAAAGUGAAUGUUGGAAAUUAGUGUAUUGAUGAUGUUCUUAAUAAAGUGUUUUUUGAAUUUAAA